AUUCUUAGAAACCAGUAACCAACAGAGGUUAUAGUUCUUACUGCAAUAACUUGACUUCUACUUUGUAUAUUGUACGAAAGAAAUAUGUCGAGCCCAGUUGUGAAAGUAGCGGAAGGUCAAUUAUCUGGUAAAGUUUGUCAAACAUCCGAUAAUACACAAUUUUUUACCUUUAAAAGUAUACCAUAUGCUAAACCACCACUUGGAGAAUUAAGAUUUGCUCCACCAGAACAACCUGAACCUUGGGAAGGAAUAAGAGAUGCAACAACUAACUGUAAUAUAUGUGCCCAGUUUGAUAGAGAAACAUUGCAAGUUGUUGGUGAUGAGGACUGCUUAUAUUUAAAUGUUUAUACACCAAGCUUACCUAAUUCUGAUUCUCAACCUUUACCUGUAAUGGUAUUUAUUCACGGAGGAGGAUUUAUGUUCGGUAAUGGUACAGAUGAUGCUGUUCAUGGACCAGAUUAUCUUAUAGAAAAAGAUGUUGUAAUUGUGACUCUUAACUAUAGACUUGGUGUCCUUGGCUUUUUAUCACUAGACUGCAAAGAAGCUCCUGGUAAUAUGGGGUUGAAGGAUCAAGUUCAGGCAUUAAAAUGGAUUCAAAAGAACAUUAAAAAUUUUAAUGGUGAUCCUAAUAAUGUAACUAUUUUUGGAAUAAGUGCUGGUGGUGCAUCAGUAGAAUACCUUAUGUUGUCCCCUAUGUCAAAAGGCUUGUUUCACAAGGCUAUUGCACAGUCUGGUUCAUCAUUGAUACAUUGGGCUCAAAAUAAUCAUGUAAAAACAUUAGCAGCAAAGAUUCCUAUUACGAAAAAGAAAAUAAUAACUGAUGAUAAAGAUUUAGUGAAAUAUCUUAAAGACAUGCCUCUUAAAGAUCUUAUUACAAGUUCAAUGCUAGUGUUGGCUACUGAUAAAUGGCGAGGGGGAAUACAUUUUGGUUUUGUACCGGCCCUUGAAAAAGAUGGUGAUUGGGAACCAUUUAUAACAAAAUCUACUUAUGACUUAUUGUCUCAUGGAGAAUUUGAAAAAGUACCAUACAUGGCUGGCUUCUGUAAUCGAGAAGGACUUUUGAUGCUAUCUUCAAAUUAUGCAGCUAACUUAGAAAGAUUAUUGGAAGACAAAGAUUUUUUAUUCCACUUACCAUUCCAACUUGAUGAUACACAGAAACUUGAUGUGGAAACCAAAUUAAAAACUGUUUAUUUAGAAGGAGACAAAAACUAUGAUGACAUUGACUCGUACGCUAUUGAUUUCUUUAGUGACGUUGAUUUCAUAGGGGGCAUUUAUGUUUCUACUGUAUUAGUUGCAAAGAAUAAUUCACCUGUAUACUUUUAUCAAUUUGCAUAUGAUGGUGGCUUGAAUUAUUUAAAAAAGAAAUUGAAUAUUGAUCGGAAAGGAGCAUGUCAUGGGGACGAUGGAGGCUAUCUUAUUAAAAGUGCCUUAUUGCAAGGCAAUCUGUCUGAUACUGAUAAGCUGGUCUGUGAUAGAAUGUGUAUAAUGUGGACUAAUUUUGCUAAAUAUGGAGACCCAACACCGAAAGUCGACAAUGUUAUUACAACUACAUGGGAACCAAUAGCCGAGACUGGCUUGGCUUAUUUAGUGAUUGAUGAUAAAAUGACUAUGAAAUAUGAAAAUACAGAACGAAUGAAGUUGUUUAAGGAGCUCUAUGAAAAAUAUUAUAAGCCUUAAGGGGUUUCGGAUCACCUCCGAAAUAAAACAAACAUCAGGAAUAUUGGUACUUUAAAUGUGAUAAUUAUAUUAUUAAUGUAAUUCAGUGUAGAAAUAUGAAGUUUGUUAUAUUUUCAAAUAAUAAUUAUACAUUAUUCUCAUA